CAGCGUGAAUCCGGCAAAGUUACAUGAUAACAUUCUCGAUAUGCGAAAUCAUAUUUCGGCAAAUGAAUCAAGUAGAUUUAGAUUAAUCAAAAACAAAUUAAUAACAUAUAAUGCCACGUUUACUAAUUAAAAUAUAUUUAUUGAAUGUAAUAAAUUUCAUUGUGGCUCAAGUGAUUAAUAAAUUGUAAUGUGAGAAAAAAAAAUGUUGAUUCUGAUCAUAACCGUCAUCAUGUGUUGUGUGAAAACAAAUAGUGUAUGUUUAGAUUUCUGUGAUUGUUCAAAAGUACUUUCUAAUAAAAAGCUUGUUUCUAAUCAGUUCGAUUUCAAUGAGAGUCAGCAGAGUCUACAUUCUCUUGUAUCUGUUGAAAAUGGGAGUAAUAGUGUUUCUUUUCCGGACUCUUCCACAGUGAUUCUACAAAUUUGUGAAAUGAACUUUGAAUUCGGUAAUUUAAACUUGGAGUGGAUUAAACAUUUAGUAUUAACUGAAAACAAUUUCACCACAGUUCCUGAAUUUAUAUCUGCAUUCAAAAGUGUUGAUAUGGUGGACUUAUCGCGAAAUAAAAUAAAGUAUUUAGAAGAAAGUUCGUUCACAACAUUGAAUCUAACAUUAUUAAAUAUUAGUAAAAAUUUUAUAACUUCAUUAAGCAAUAUCAGUUAUGGUUUAAAUACUUUGAUAAAUCUGGACAUUUCUUAUAAUAACGUGGAGAACAUUGAUUAUGUUAUAGAUUUUCCAAAUUUGCAAUAUUUAAAUUUAAGUGCGAACAAUAUGAAAGUGUUGAAUGCUGAUUUUUUAAAUAAUUUACAAUUGUUGCAACAUUUAGAUGUAUCGCGAAAUAAACUCACCAGUAUUGCACCGAUUCAAUUGCAAUACCUGAUUAAUUUAUUAAUUGGCGAUAACGAUUAUUUGGGCAAAACACGCGAUAUUUUUUAUGUGGGAAAUGGACGUAAGAUACAAACUUUAGACGCGUCACGAAUAGGACUCCAACAAGUGCCGGCUAUUUUAACUCAUUCCAUUCAAUAUCUGAUAUUGAAGAAAAAUUUGAUACGAUCCAUUAACAGCGGGGAUUUGGAUUCGUAUCCAUUAUUAAACACGCUCGAUUUGAGUUCUAACAAUAUAAAAUUUAUAGAAGAGGAUUCCUUAGGGAGAUUGGAGUUUUUAUCGGUUCUUUAUCUAACCAACAAUCAGCUCGAAGAAAUCCCAAGAAGUUUACCUGAAAAACUGAAAGUUCUACACUUGGAUAUUAACAAGAUUGGAGUGAUAAGAAAAAAAGAUCUCCAAGGGCUGUCUGAACUUCGAGUGCUAUUUCUUAACGACAAUAACGUUUCUGUAAUAAAUGAAGGAGUUUUUUCUGAGUUAACAUCGUUAGUUAGUUUGGAUUUAUCGCGAAAUCCUAUUAUUGACCUGGAAACAGGUAUAUUUGCUGGUCCUCCCUCCCUGGAAGUGCUACACUUAGCUUCCGUAAAUAUUCUACCAACAGAUAACACUUCGUUUCCAUUUUCUACUCCAGAAAGUUUAGUUAAACUUAAUUUAUCUUCCAGUUCAGGAUUAGUACAUCAAUUUUUAAUGGAUACAGCAACAUUAAUGGCUGCGAAGCGACUGCAGGAAUUAGACUUGACAGGCGGAAAUCUGAAAUUUAUAAGGCAGGAUUUACAGUUCUUCCUUCCCCAAUUGAAAUCGCUACAUAUAAACGGCAAUGAAUUAAGCCCUAGUCAGAUUAAUUGGUUGAAAUCUUGGUUGUGCGCACAGAACCAGAAUGAUGAAGUAGACAAUAGCACACAUAUUGAAAUUUUAAAUAUAAGUACGUCCACAUCGUCUGCAAUAGAAUCAAAACAAUUUAAGAGUGAAGCCAGAAGUUUUACCGAUUUAGAUGUUAAUGGCAAUAAGUUAACCAACAGGAAUACCAAUGAUGUUGGUUUUAAUGUUAAUGAAGGAUAUCAGAUCACAUCAAAAUUUUCGGAAGCACUAUUCUCUCCGUACAAUAAAUAUUCUGCCAGUAAUCACGAUGAAAAUGAGAUAAUGAAAGUGGUUCCUUUAAAACUAAACACAUCGUCAAGUGAAUUUUCUGUGUACGAAAAUGGAAAGACAUAUUUUUAUAUUCGCUUAAUAUUUUAUGUGGUUCUCACUGUGGUUACAGUAUAUUAUUUAUUUGCCUUAUAUCAAUAUUUUAUCCGAAUUGAAAUUCAAGAUACUGAAGUUACUAAUUUAUCGACUAUUUCUGAUAUUUGGUGACAGUUAGACAAAAAUGAUGAUGAAAAUGUACUUUAUCAAACUUCCAUUACUUAAAAAAACGCUUGUGAUAAAAUUUGAAUUAUAUUUUAUAUGCUGAAAUAAUUUUUGUACUUUCAAAUUGUAAAUUAUUGUAGAAAGUGAUAGAUUGUAUGUACUGAUAUUAAUAGAUAUAGCAAAUAUCUA